UAAACAUACUAUUGGAUUUAUUUAUUUAGCAUAGCAUCUACCACAAAUUAAUCACAAACAUGAAUGAACCCCACAAAUUGUGUUUUAAUUUCAGUAAUUCUUAAAUGACAAUCUAUGUUUUGGCCACCAGGGGGGGUUGUGUACUCACGAAGCCUCGAUGAAUGAACCUUUUUGUCAACCAACUGAAUGGAAAGUCUUCUUUAGGCUUCAUUUGGCCGUCACUAGUUCAAAUUUGUAGCUAGUUGCUUUUUUGAAGAAGAAGAAGAAAAAGUCGCGACAAAGGUAGGAAAAUUGCUAAAAGAGAGCGUUUAAUUUCACACAAGUGAAGUGACGGCAUAUGUGAUGACGUCAAAGGCGUGCGACGACCAGUGUUGUCAAAACAUGCUCAAUGGCGCCUGGAUGUACUGCCUCAAGAGGAUGAAAACAAUUUCCCUUCUCGCUUGUUGACGUUGAACCAGCGAGUCCUCUCGGGAAAUCUUGUCUUCUAGAUCAUGCCCUACGAUCCCGACCAUCCUCCGGCUAAAAAAUUCAAGCCGGGGUCUGUUUUCUUCCGCCUGGACAAGCAGAAAGCUGGCAUGCUGCUGCCUGGCAGGGCAAAACCCACCGCGCCGCUUGAUGUCCAAAGGAAGCAGCUUCCGAUUUACCAGGCGAGGGCCCAACUUUUGAGCCUACUGAGACAGCUCCACAACGCUAUUCUUAUAGGCGAGACCGGCUCAGGGAAGACCACCCAAAUCCCGCAGUAUCUUUAUGAAGCUGGGAUUGGACGGCAGGGCCUCGUUGCCAUCACUCAGCCCCGCCGAGUGGCUGCGAUCUCACUGGCUGGGAGGGUGGCGGAGGAGAAGAGGACGCAGCUUGGCAAGCUAGUGGGGUACACCGUGCGUUUCGAGGACGUCACGUCCUCGGAGACGAAGCUGAAGUUUAUGACUGAUGGCAUGCUCCUACGCGAGGCCAUCGGCGACCCCUUACUGCUGCGCUACACCGUGGUCGUCCUGGAUGAAGCUCAUGAGCGCACGGUGCACACAGAUGUGCUGUUUGGAGUUGUGAAGAAAGCUCAGCGUAGACGCAAGGAACUUGGCAAGAUUCCUCUGAAGGUCAUAGUGAUGUCAGCUACAAUGGAUGUGGACCUGUUCUCAGAAUAUUUCAACAAGUCCCCUGUUUUAUACCUGGAGGGCAGACAGCAUCACAUUCAGAUCUUCUACACCAAGCAGGCUCAGUCCGACUACCUGCAAGCUGCUCUUGUCACUGUGUUCCAGAUACACCAGGAAGCACCGCCGUCGCAUGAUAUAUUGGUCUUCAUGACGGGCCAGGAAGAGAUCGAGGCGCUAGCAAGGACAUGCCGGGACAUUGCCAAGCAUCUGCCCGACAACUGCGGACCUAUGGCGGUCGUCCCUCUGUAUGCGUCACUGCCGCCGACGCAGCAGCUCAGGGUCUUUCAGGCAGCUCCAAAGGGUUGCAGGAAGGUUAUCUUGUCAACCAACAUAGCAGAGACAUCCGUUACAAUAUCUGGCAUCAAAUAUGUCGUAGACACAGGGAUGGUGAAAGCCAAACGAUUCAAUCCUGACAGUGGUUUGGAGGUCCUGGCAGUGCAGCGGGUUUCUAAAGCGCAGGCGUGGCAGCGAGCUGGCCGGGCCGGCAGGGAAGACUCAGGAAUUUGCUACCGUCUCUACACGGAGCAGGAAUUUGAUCAUCUCAUCCCUAUGACUGUGCCUGAGAUUCAGCGGUGUAACUUAGCCAGUGUGAUGCUACAGCUCAUGGCUCUUGGGAUUCAAGAUGUUAUGAAUUUUGAUUUCAUGUCCAAGCCCUCUCCAGAGGCCAUUUGCUUUGCUGUGGAGCAUUUGGAGCUGCUGGGGGCUGUGGAGAGGAACAAUGGGCAGGUCGUCCUCACUGCUUUGGGGAAGAAGAUGGCGAGCUUCCCCUUGGAGCCGAGAUACGCCAAGACCAUCCUGCUAUCCCCCGACUACUCCUGCUCUGAGGAGAUUUUAAGCAUCGUGUCUCUUCUGUCAGUGGACACCGUGCUGUACAAUCCCCCAGCACGGCGAGAAGAGGUUCUCGCUGUGCGCAAGAAGUUCAUGUCCAGCGAAGGAGAUCACAUGACGCUCCUCAGCAUCUACAGAGCAUUCAAGAAAGUUAGUGGCAAUAAGGAUUGGUGUCGGGAGAACUUUGUUAACAGCAGGAACAUGGGUCUCGUGAAAGACGUCCAAGGUCAACUCAGAGAAAUCUGCCUUAAGCUGAACUUAAAGCUGGAGUCAUGUGGAGCGGACACGGGAAAGGUUCGCCAAUGCCUCGCCCACGCGAUGUUCAUCAACGCUGCGGAGCUUCAACCCGACGGCAGCUACUUAGCUCUGGACAGCCGCCAGUCGGUGGCCAUCCACCCUUCGUCGGUCCUUUUCCAGGCCAAGCCGGCGUACGUGGUGUUCAAUGAGCUGCUGCACACCUCACGCUGCUACAUGAGGGACUUGUGUCUGGUGGAUGCCGAUUGGCUGCUCGAUGCAGCACCGGAAUACUUCGGUCGCAAACUGCGCCCGACCAAGAGCUAACCGGUUGUGUGUAGCGCAACUCGCUAAUACAGGGAUACAGGGGGUCCUCCAUAUAUGACGGUCUCGACCUACAGCGUUUUUGUAGUCAUGAACAGUGUGCCGUUAAUUUGCGCCCCUUCCGGUGUGAAAGCCAGCCGUAGGACUGAAGGUGAAAAUGAUCUUUUUUCAUACCGUUUUGCAUUUUAUGAUUUUUAUAGUCAUGUUUUUUUUCAUACAAAUGCGAACUGUUAUCAUGACUUGACUGCAGCGUUAUCACAAGUGAGUGAUAGAGGCUACAUACGCUCCAGCCAACAUAUAAAAUCGGGUUCCAUCAGUGUAAUAGGGACGGAACACCGUCAUAAACCAAGGACCCCCCUCGAUGUAGGACUAUCAGUGUCAUGUCAUAAAAGUGCUCAAGAAAGCAUACUUUGAAAUAUUUUUACUGAUGGAUUACACUGCCCCCCUGAGUCGCAGUAUCACCGUAGCAGGAAUCCACACAUUGACGCCUCACGAUCAACUCAGUUUGAUCGAUUGGCUUGAUAAUUGCAUUUUGCCAAAUGUCAAAAAUUCAACAACAUUAUCUCAAUUUCUGCGAUAUUAGAAUUUCUCCUCAUUUGCUUGCAUUUUAAAAGCAUAGACUCACCUCGAAUACAAAUCACAGUAUAUUGUAAGUACAUGGAUUCUUUGACAAGUAUCAGACUAUUAAGAAUAGAAAUAUUUGUAAACCAAAUAUUGUUUAUGUUGACUAACGUGACUAAAUUUGUACAAAGUGGUCUUGAAGAGGUUUUACACAUGCAAUGGCGAUAGAUUUGAUUCAGUCAAUAAUGUAUUUGAAAACGGCAACAUUUUGACAAAAGUGUUCUGGAAUGUCAAAGCGUCACGAGCUCCUUUUUGUAAUAUCUGCACCCUCUUGUGCAUGCUGUCUGGACACAUUUUCCAAAUCCAGUAGGGGCCCAUCAGGGGAAGACGCACGAAAGCAUCUCCAGAUUCUACCUUUUGAUAUUGUCUGCAUUUAGCUCAGAAGAUGUGUGCUGUGCACGGAGAUUAUAAGAAAUGAUCUGAUCACUCAGGUCUUUCGCACUUUCUACAAUGUAAAUCACAGAUUGUGAGAGAUACGGAAACUUCUUUUGUGAUUUUGUACACUUCGACUCAGGAUUGUACAAUAACGUCAAUAUUUUGAAAGUAUGGCGACCAUGUAAGAACAACUGCAUGUCCUGUUAUAAAAAGUCAUGCAUUUGAAGUGA